AGGGUGUUGCCAAAGGAGAAGAUGCCAUGUCUUUAUUGGACAAUCCACGUACACGGACAUUAUUUAUUGACGAUCUUAUGGAGUUGGAGGCGUUCUUGUCCCAGCGGUUGUUUGAGCUGGAGUCGGACUCUGUGGGGGGAGACGUCCUGGUCAGCGGUCAGAUGCAGGACGCCCCUCCCUCCAUACAGCUCCACCAGGACACAGUGACCAGUAUGAUCAGCCAGGUCCGGGACGUCAUUGCGGCAUUCAGCACGGUCAAGAUGCAUCACCUUCUGUCCAUCAGGAACUCUCCCAGAUAUGUGGAACGUCUAAAGGACACAUUAAAACAGAUGUUAAACUUGGCUGACAAGAUGGUGUUCCUGGAGAAAGAGAUGGUAGUCAAACAUAAGGAUGCUGAGACUGAGCAGUCAGAAACACAGCCUAAACUAGAACUAGUCAUCAAACGCACCAAAGAACUGCAAAAACAGAUGGAGGCUGAAAUAUCGAAGCGCUACAAGGACCGAGUGGUGAAUAUAAUGGGAGAAAUAAACACAAUGUGAUGAUA